GUUGGCAGUGGUACCUUCCUUCCGAAAGAGCCAUCUUUGAGCGUAACCUCUGAGCGGUGCAGCGUCUCUGGUUGAGGCAGCGGCCGAGAUCUGAACCUUCUGCGACAACCAUGGCGUCUACUGAGAUAGCAAGGCAAGCGGGUGAAGGUGCUCGUGCAGUUCCCCUGUCAGGCCAUGUUGGCUUUGACAGCAUGCCCGACCAGCUGGUCAACAAGUCUGUAAACCAUGGGUUCUGCUUCAACAUCCUCUGCGUUGGUGAGACUGGUCUGGGAAAAUCUACAUUAAUGGACACUUUAUUCAACACAAAGUUUGAAGGUGACCCAACGCAGCACAACCAACCAGGAGUCACACUCAAGUCAAACACCUAUGAACUGCAGGAGAGCAAUGUGCGUCUGAAACUCACUGUAGUCAAUACAGUGGGCUUUGGGGACCAGAUCAAUAAAGAAGACAGCUACAAACCCAUUGUGGAAUUCAUUGAUGCACAGUUUGAAGCAUAUCUUCAAGAAGAGCUGAAAAUCAAGCGAACGCUACACAAUUACCAUGACAGCCGCAUCCACGCUUGCUUGUACUUCAUUGCACCUACUGGACACUCUCUCAAGUCUCUGGACCUGGUCACUAUGAAGAAGCUGGAUAGUAAGGUUAAUAUUAUUCCCAUUAUUGCCAAGUCUGAUGCUAUCUCUAAGAGUGAGCUGGCUAAGUUCAAAAUCAAAAUCACCAGUGAGCUGGUCAGCAAUGGAGUGCAAAUCUACCAGUUCCCCACUGAUGACGAGUCUGUGGCUGAGAUCAACUCUACAAUGAAUAGCCAUUUGCCAUUUGCUGUGGUGGGGAGCACAGAGGAGGUGAAGAUUGGGAACAAGAUGGUGAAGGCCAGGCAGUACCCCUGGGGGACAGUGCAGGUGGAAAAUGAGAAUCACUGUGACUUUGUUAAACUACGGGAAAUGCUGAUCAGAGUAAACAUGGAGGACUUGCGGGAGCAGACACAUGCACGUCACUAUGAGCUUUACCGCCGCUGUAAACUGGAAGAGAUGGGCUUCAAAGAUACAGACCCGGACAGCAAACCCUUUAGUCUCCAGGAAACCUAUGAGGCAAAGCGAAAUGAGUUUAUGGGUGAGCUACAGAAAAAGGAAGAAGAAAUGAGGCAGAUGUUUGUCCAGAGAGUGAAGGAGAAAGAGGCGGAGCUCAAGGAAGCUGAGAAGGAGCUACAUGAAAAGUUUGACCGCCUGAAGAAGCUCCAUCAAGAUGAGAAGAAGAAGCUGGAGGAAAAGAAGAAGUCUUUGGAUGAUGAGCUCAACAUGUUCAAACAGAAAAAGACUGCGGCAGAGCUACUGCUGAACCAGGCCCAGCAGGCAGGGGCAUCUACCACACUUAAGAGGGACAAAGAGAGGAAAAACUGAUGUGACUCGGUGCCUGUUAAAAAAGGAAGACGACACUUGCACUGAGAAGUUAACUUCUUCCAAACUUGAUGCAUGCUGCAUGAGGCAUCUUUUCUGUGAAGGAUUCCUGUAGAGGUGCUUGUGGCCAUAUCGCUGUGAAUGAGUUUCUACCCCAUCCUACCUUCCCUUUCCCCAGCUUCACCCUCACCUGAACCCUCAUGUGUAACCCUCCACAUGCCUUUGUUUUGUGGAAGCUGUUGGGCAACGCUUCUCACUGCUGAAUGUACCACUUAAAUCUAAUAUUUACGAAGAGUUGUUGCUUUUUGUAGUGUUAAAAGCAAUUGUAUAGCUUUUUUUAUACAAAUCUGAAUAUUAUGAAUUUCUUUUUGUCAUAUUGCAUGGUAUAGUGUGAAGUGUGCUUUUGAAUUCAAACAUGCGUGGCUACUUUUGUGAUAAACAAAACUGUGUGGGCUAAAAUGAAGCAUUCACACUGGGACUAGGAUGUGGCAUUUAAUAAUUAAUAUAUUAUCUUAGGGUAGAGUAAAUUGGUUACAGUGGUGUGGUAGAUUGUAAUAACAUUGAUAAAUAAGAAAUACCAUCAAAAGCUAAACCACAGACUAUGUCCCUGUUCUAAUGCCAUUUCAUUCUACCCGGAUGCAUGAAUAGUACAAAUCUAAUCUUUGAGCCACCUAUACUAUAUCUCAUACUGCCAUGAGUUUUUUUGCUUACUUGUAUUAGCUUUCACAUUUGCACUUUUCUUAUUACACCAAUGGGACAUUUUAAAUGUGUCAGUGCAAUUGUAUCUUUCUCUUUUAAAUAUAUUUCUUUUAAUGAAGGCACAUAAAGUCAUACAUCACUCCCACUGCAGGGACCAGUAUUUUCUGUAUCAGUGUUGAGCACAAUAGAUAAAAAAUAAAGAUACAUUUCUCCCUAAAUUUAAAA